GACAACCAACUAUAAAGCAACCUUUUGCCCUCUCUCUCUCUCUCUCUCUCUCUCUCAAAGCUAAAUGGGAAUCUGCUUAUCUUCAGAGUCUCUAGAGAAGCAACAGACUCAUGAAAACAUAGUAUAUGUUGUUGGAGAUGAAGAUUUGUAUAGUUCUGAUAUUGAUGGAAAUGAAAUGAGGAGGCUGGCUUCUCUCUACUCUCAGCAAGGCAAAAAGGGUCCCAAUCAGGACUCUGCAAUCCUCUGCCAGGGGUUUGGAAUGGAGGAAGGUGUGUUUUGUGGAGUCUUUGAUGGCCAUGGAAGAAAUGGUCACUCUGUGAGCAAACUUGUUAGAGAUUACUUGCCUUCGUUGCUAUUAAGCCAACGAAACGCUGUCUUGGUUGCCGAUGGUGGCUGCAUCUUCACUGAUGGCAAUGAUAUGAGCUCAGUUGAUGGCGAUGAUUUAACUUCAUCAUCACCUGAGAUGUUUGAUGAGUGGAAGGAAGCAUGCAUUAGUGCAUUCAGAGCCAUGGAUAAGGAGCUCAAGCUACAUUCUGAUUUGGAUUGUACUUAUAGUGGUAGUACUGCGGUGACUAUCAUCAAACAGGGAAAGGAUUUGAUCAUAUCUAAUCUUGGAGAUUCAAGAGCAAUAUUGGGUACUAUUUCUGAGGAGGGUAACCUAAAAACCAUCCAACUAACUACAGAUUUAAAACCAAGCCUACCACAGGAAGCAGAGAGAAUAAGGAAGAGUAACGGUCGAGUUUUCGCUCUCAGAGACGAGCCAAAUACUCAGCGUGUUUGGCUGCCAAAUAAUAAUUUUCCAGGACUCGCCAUGGCUCGUGCUUUUGGAGAUUUCCAGCUUAAAAAUUAUGGUGUUAUUGCCAUUCCUCAAGUUUCGUAUCGACAACUAACAAAUAGAGAUCAGUUCAUAGUUCUAGCAACUGAUGGGGUUUGGGAUGUGCUCAGCAACGAGCAAGUAGUCUCAAUUGUAUCCUCAGUUCAAAACAAAGAAGAUGCAUCGAAAGCAAUCGUCAAAGCAGCAGUAAGUGCAUGGAAGCGCAAGUUCCCUUCGGCAAGAGUAGACGACUGCUCUGCCGCUUGCCUCUUUCUUCAAGAGAGGAGAAGAGAUGUGAGCCUGAGAACUGUGAAGAGUAGCUAAUGAACCAGAAGAAGGAGAAUGCUGUAUUGCUCGUGAACUUGUUUGAUGGCAGAUUGUUGUAAAUUUUGUACUGCUUUUGGUGUACAAGGGAGAGCAAGAAAUCAAGCGUAGUACUGGUUUCACUUUGUAUUGUGUCCAUGCCAAAUAUUUAGUGUAAGAGGUCCUUGCGGCUGCAUCAAAACCCCAAAGCAAAUUUCCAAGUUGUGGCAAGGAUUCAAUGUUUAUAGUUUUA